AUGUCCAAACCAAACCCCUCACACCCAAAUAACACCGUGCUGCCCCCAACCCAAGCCAAAACAUUAAACACUGUCUCAACCAGCUCCCAGCCUUCUGGGAAUUCGAGAAAAUCUUUAUGGAUUGGGGAUUUGGAGCCAUGGAUGGAUGACAAGUACUUGUUAUCCGUUUUCUCAAAUGUGGCGAUUCAAGGAGCCAAGGUUUUUCAUCACAAAAACUCUUCCUUUGGUUUUCUUGACUUUGAUUCUAAUGAUACUGCAGCAUCUGCAGCUGAACGAAAGAGACGCACUGAAGAAGCACAGCAAUCUGGUAUGGCUAAUGGUGCAGGUGUUGAAAGUAAUGGUGGCCCAGCUGCGUCCUUCAGAAAUGCAGGUUCACAAGAAGCUGUUGCACCAAACAAUAUACUCUUCAUACAGAAUUUGCCCCACGAAACCACUGGCUCUAUGCUUGAAAUGCUCUUCCAGCAAUACCCAGGAUUCAGAGAAGUCCGAAUGAUUGAAGCGAAGCCAGGUAUCGCUUUUGUAGAGUUUGAAGAUGAUGUUCAGUCUUCCAUGGCCAUGCAGGCCCUUCAGGGUUUCAAAAUCACCCCCCAGAAUCCCAUGGCUAUCACUUUUGCCAAGAAAUGAUGAGUUUAUUUUCUGUACUGUUGCUUUUAUUUCUUCCCUAGUUUCAGCAAGGAUAUGUAAUUGUUUUAGAGUUUUUAAACAUUGUAGUUAUGUAGAUGUUGGUUUUCCAAUACAUUUGAUUUUUGAUUUUA